CAUCGCGGUUGCUUGCGUCAAGAAUGAAACCGCUGUGCUACUUUGUAAUUUCACUAGCCGCCGAAUUCUUACAAGUAUUUCAUUAGGUUUUAGUGUUUUAGCCUCGCUUUGUACAGAACUAGUUGGCGUUAUAAAACGAUGGAGGAACAAUGCACAAUGGGCACAAUUGACGAAGUCGACGAACAGGAGGAGGAAAGUACAAUUGACAAGGAAAGGGAGGAGGAGCUCGCGAGGCUAAAGACGAGGUUGAUGUUUACUGUUAAGAGGCGACAAGAAAUAAUCAGCAAUCAGAUUUUUGAACGGCGCGUAGCACUCCAUAGAAAUGUCCGACAUCGAAGAUUUCUCUACCAUAAAUAUGAGCGGAUGCAAAAGCUCAACCCAGCUCCACCUACAAUCUCCCUCCUGUCGUCAUCGGAGAGCCCGUGCAGCGAUGUGUCCACCGUGUCCAGCAACAACAGCCACAGCGACUGCCCCGUCCAGUCGGACUGGUGGGAGCGCGUGGUCCUCCGGGAGUUCGGCCCGCAGGAGUGGCUGCAGCGCUUCCACGUCACCAAGGACACCUUCUACCUGCUCUGCAACACGCUCAAGCCCCAGUUCUCCCAGUCGGGCCUGCUCAUGAGCCCCAGCAAGCUCACGCUGCCGCUGGACAAGCGCGUGGCCGUGGCCCUCAUUCGGCUGGCCACCAACAUGGACUACCACCUGCUGCGCGAGCUGUUCGGCGAGAGCAUCUCCACGCUCAGCCAGUGCGUGCGCGAGGUGUGCGACGCCAUCAUCAUGCUGCUCAAGCCGCUCUACAUGCACCACCCCGGCGGGCAGGAGCUGGCCGAGACAGCGCGCGCCUUCCACAUGAAGUGGGGCUUCCCGCACUGCGUGGGCGUCCUGGACACCCUGCACAUCCCCAUCCGCUCGCCGCCGGCGCGCUCGCGCGACUGCUGGCUGCGCAAGGACGGCGGCCACUCGGUGGUCAUGCAGGGCGUGGUCAACGCCCAGGGCUGCUUCUGGGACGUCUGCGUGGGCUUCCCCGGCGGCACGGAGGACGCCACGGUGCUGCAGAGCUCGGAGCUGUGGAUCAUGGCCCGCGACGGGGGGCUCUCGCCCCAGCCGCCCCUGAUGCUCAUGGGCCAGCCGGUGGGCUACCUCCUGCUGGGCGACGAGGGAUACCCUUUACACAACUGGCUGAUGAAGGCCUACGCGCCCUCGCCGCAGCUCUCCACCUCGCAGCUCAACUUCAACGGGCACCUGAACAACUGCCGCGCCACCAUCGACCACGCCUUCCGGCGCCUGCGCGGCCGCUGGCAGUGCUGCCACCGGCGCAGCGAGACCCACCUGGAGCUGGUGCCCAUGAUGGCGCUGGCCAGCUGCGUGCUGCACAACGUCUGCGAGAUGCACGGCGACCCCUUCCGCGACGAGUGGCUGGAGGAGGUGCGCCAGCUGGAGUGCCCGCAGCCCAUCAUGGGCUCGCCCGCCUACAUGGACGACCCCAACGCCGAGCAGGUGCGCGGGCUCCUCUGCAGCUACUUCCAGAUGCAGCAGCAGCAGGGCAAGAUGCCCCCGCUGGAGCCCGAGGCCCUGGUGGUGGGCGGCGUGGCGUUCCCCCCGCACUCGUACGGGGCCCCCCCGCCGCCCGCUCACGGCGGGAUGCUCAACCUGUCCUAGAUAUAUACAGUAGCAAGUUGGAGUUGGAGUUGGAGAGAGGCUCAACCUGUCAUGGGGAAAAUAUAUUCAUUAGUUACAAUCUAGGGCCACACAUUCCAAUUGACCUUGUUUUAUCUGGGGCCUGUACCAAGAAACUGGUUCAGGAGUAAACCAGGUUAAGUUAAGAGGUAAAUCAUCUAAUGGAAGAGCCUGGCAAAGAAAGUGGAUCUAACAAGAAGCGUCAUUUUGUUUCUUUUUUCCGGUAUCCACUUUAUGUCGGGUGAACGCCCCUUUAGGAGACCUUCGGUUAGGAGACCUUCGGAGUCCUGAGGUUGAGAAUCAAUGAAGUCCCCUCACCGCUGUAGAUGGCGGUAGCGCACGUCUUGCGCAAACACCUCAAAAAGAGCAGAAGAAGUAGGGGACAACGCCCCCUUAGGAGACCCAACUUGAGCACACGCUUUUGCAUUGAGUGGGCGUGUUUUGCGAUAUCUUGCUCUGAUUCAGUAUUUUUGAGCCUGGCUUACUCCUGAACCAGCUUGUUACUAGUAUAGCUCCCUGUCCAGUUCAACCAGGUGAUCACCUGGCCGAAUUGGACUCGUUAAAACCAAGUCAUUGGGAAUGUGUGGCACUGGCUUGUUACUAAUGAAUCCAUUUUGCCCAUCACUGGUCAUAAAUACAGAACCAAGUGCAGUUACAGCAGAACAGAGGUGUCAUUCCUCCGGGUCCAGGAGGUAAAAACCUUGCCGCAAACUUGAUCCCGGUUUUUCUAUUGAGAGGUCUGCAUACCUGAGAUCUUUUUUGUUUUUGUUUGUUUGUUUUAUUCCAUGGCCACCAUUGAGGUCUUCAAGACAUGGUUCUGCCAUGUAAUAAAACAGAAAAUGAAUAACACUCUAGAAUAAAGGUUACUUUUAGCUUUAUUAACGAUUUAUUAACAUUUAUUAAUGCUGCCGUCUGUAGGGUUUCUUGUUGACGUGCAUAAAGCCUCGAUUCUGGCAUUGAGGCAGUUGUGCAUGAAUCGGCAGAACACCCAAAGCUGAAAACUGCUAAAUCUGCGCUAAAUGCAUGUAAUUUCCAAUUUUAACAGAAAAUGUUAGAAGUGCUGAACAAACUUCCUAUCCCGUCCUCAAAAAUGCCAGGGAAGUUGUAUGGUUGGGCAGCUACCCACACCUCUGAACCUGUUUGAUUAAGCUAACCAAAAGAGCGCUGACAUUUUGUAAACAAGACUACAGGCUUUGGCAGGAGUUGGAGAACUUAAGAGGCUAUUUUCUAUACUUCUGUACUACUGAUGUGUGGUUGCCUCCCGGACACUUCUUUACCCAGUGGUUUCAUCUCUUGCUGUUUGGACAAACUUCCAAGACUGGUGCUGCUGCUGUGCUGUUGUGUAUGUUGUGUUAACAUUGCAUUUCUUACACAAUUACAUACGUUUGCAAAUAUUUGGUUGAUAAUUAGCUCAUUUAUAAAGCUUCACAACGGACUGUUAUUCUGAAGUGUUGCUUAAAAAAAGGAUUUCAAGUGUGUGAACCUCUCAAUCUAACCUGAGUUGGCCUUUGUCCUGCACAUUGACCAAGGAUGUGCAUAACUGUUCUCUUUAACAAACUAGGUCCUACCAGCUCUGAGUGAGUUGAUCAUAAUGAACUCUCAAAGCAGGUACACAAGUCACAUAGUGAGGUAACCUGUGUUGGAAGGGAACUGCGCCAGGGUUUUUACGUCUGAACUGGUGUUAUACACCUCUGCGAACAGAGACAUUUAUUGAGGUUUUCUGGGAUCUGUGGUUACACACCAGUGACUGGGGGAUUUUUCUGUGGGGCUGUGACACAUUCUGUGGGAACAUUUUGAAGCGUCGUCUUGUCCUUGUCAGAAGCUGUUACCGCCACAUAGUGAAAAAGGCCAAAUUGUGUGUUAUUUUUAUUUUAUUUUUUACAAUGGCUGAAUGGAUGGUUUUCUAGAUGGUUUUCUGAAUGGUUGGUUUUCUGAAUGGUUGGUUUUCUGGAGCAUGUUUGCUGCCAAAGUUUAUUAGUUUAACAAACCCUUAGACGUGUCUAUAUUAGGGGAAAUUUAAUGUAGUUUGUUCGUUCUUUUUAUAUAUUUGGACGUAAUAUGAUAUUACAAUCAAUCUACAUACUGCUAUUUGCAUAAUGUGUUAUGUCUACCCCUGCUAUCCUGUCAGCACAAAUGCUAAUUCUGUAUUGGGCUUGUGGAAUUAUGUAUGAGUAGAAUUAAAUGAAAAUGUCAGUUUUCCAGCGAAUGUUUGAAAAUGUGCUUUUCAUAUUAAAAAGAAAAAAAAUCAA